AUGGCUAAGUUUACUACUUUAUCUUCCUUUCUAUGCCUCUUCUUCAUGAUAUCCUUUAUCUGUAUCCAAGUUUCAAAUGCAGCCAACUAUAAUGUGGUUCGCUUUGGUGCAAAGCCUGAUGGAAAAACUGAAGCAACAAAAGCAUUCCUCAAGGCAUGGGAAUCGGCAUGUAACUCGGCCACGGCAUCCACGAUAUACAUCCCAAAGGGGAGGUUCUUGCUAAAAGCUACUGUUUUUAGAGGCCCAUGCAAGAACAGAAUCACGGUUCAGAUUGAUGGAACCCUUGUGGCACCGUUGGACUAUCGUGCGCUUGGGAAUUCAGGCUACUGGAUUUUGUUCAUCGAGGUGAACAGGAUUUCUGUUUUUGGCGGCAAGCUUGACGCAAAGGGUGCUGGCUUCUGGGCUUGCAGGAGAUCCGGAAAGAAUUGUCCAGUUGGUGCUAGAUCGAUAACGUUCAAUUGGGCAGACAACGUAGUGAUCAGUGGCUUAACAUCGAUCAACAGUCAGCUUAGCCACCUUGUAAUCAACAGCUGCAACAACGUGGUAGUCCGAAAUGUGAAGCUUAUUGCUCCUGACCAGAGCCCAAACACCGAUGGAAUUCAUGUGCAGACCUCGACCGGCGUCACGAUCACCGGAAGCACCAUGCAAACCGGAGAUGAUUGUAUCUCAAUCGGUCCUGGCACCAAGAACUUGUUGAUGAGAGACAUCAAGUGUGGCCCUGGGCAUGGCGUAAGCAUCGGUAGCUUGGGCAAGGAAUUCAACGAAGCUGGUGUCGAAAAUGUGACGCUAACGAACGCAGUAUUCACUGGAUCAGAUAAUGGAGUACGGAUAAAGUCAUGGGCCAGGCCCAGCAAGGGGUUUGUUCGGAACAUUCUCUUCCAAAACAUCGUGAUGAGGAAUGUUGAGAGCCCCAUCAUCAUUGAUCAGAACUAUUGCCCCAACAACCAAAAUUGUCCUCGCCAGAGUUCUGGAGUGAAGAUUAGUAAAGUGACGUACAGAAAUAUACAAGGAACAUCAGCUACAAAAGAGGCCGUGACCUUCGACUGCAGCCCAAGCACUCCAUGCAGUGGGAUCAGAUUGCAAGACAUCAAGCUUACUUACAUGAAAAUGGCAGCAACAUCGUCGUGUAAGAACAUUGGUGGAACCAGCAGCGGAGUACUCAUGCCUCAGAGCUGCAUAUAG